AUGAGGCCGCCGAGACCCGUAGUGCGCAGCGAAGAGGACGGACUCGCUGCUUCAUUGUCGGCGUUCCAAGUCCAACCCGACGAUACACUGUUGAUGAUGUCCUCAAGAUCCUCAACUCCGUCUCAGCCAGAGAGGCCAACCCCGCCAUCCCCGCAAGAACCUGUCCCAGCGGUUCCUGCUCCCCAGCUUUACCUAGGCGUAGUUUCCGCCCUCCAACAGCCCCACUUCAAAAUAUCCCAAUCCGAAGUCCAGGCCACGACAAUGGAACCGGAACCGACACCGGAACCAAUCAUCGCCCCGAUCAACACUCCACCCCCGCCAACCGCCUUUACGCAGGAGCCGAUGCAAUCGCGCGUAGCUAACGAUGGAUGCCGCCCUGAUACAUCUUGGGACACUAGCGAUAUCGGCGUGUUCGACCCAGACAACUUGAGCGCCCACGCGAUCCAAGACGUCAACGGCAGCAUCGUUUACCACGAUGUCUACGUGUGGAUCGACCACAUGCGCGAUCUAGUUCAUGUCAAGUCUGAGCAGGUCGUACGCUUCAACAUGCCUAGCUGCUUCCGAGGGGAUGCUUUACCCUGGCGGGACAUCGAACUUACCCGUUUGGAGAGAGAAGAGGUACGCACGCUGCCGCUUGAAGAAGGAUGGUUCUCGCUCUUGAUCCAACGCUUCAAACCGCCCCGGUAUGACGCGAGAAGACGGCUCGAAGAAACCACAUACACUUGGGGCGAUGUACGCGCAGGAAGAGAACCGCGUAAAUACGCGCAGGACCUGAUACGCUAUGCACGCUGCGCCGGCGAAACCGACACAUACACCAUUCUAACCCGGAUGCGCAAAAAUAUCGAUCCAGGAUUGCGAGGUAACGUCAUGUUUCCCAAACCAGACACAACGCGUGCGCAGUUCCUACAGCAUCUGGACCAUAAGUUCGACGACUGGCUGGCCCUAAUACACCAGAGGGAUAGCAAGGCCCAGGCCCGUCAAGAGCAACAGACCCAACGUGCACAAAACCCCUGGGAACAUCAGCAACCUCGCCCCUACGGGCCCCCGCUCCCCCGGAACAACCCAGAAGCUAACCAGCAAGGCCCUCAGCCACAGUACCAGCGCCCACGGGUUCCUAGGGAACAAUAUCGGCAGAUGUCCCUGCUGGAGCGGCAAGACCAGGCCACACCAGCACAGGCCCGUUCGCCAGCGACAAACCCGCGGCAGCCGCGGCAACCAAUCGCCAACCGUCCAUACUACCAACAGAACGAUCGACAGAUUGCUCCGCAGAAGGGCCAUAACCCCAAAAUGCCCUGGAACCAGCACCCAAACGACGAGGUUUAUUACGAUCUACUGCCCGCUGACGACGACAGCCAGGAUGAUUACCCCGAGGCCGAUGAUGAUAUCGGUAAUGAACCAGUAUUCAACGACAAGGAGAUUGUGAUACUAUCAUACACCAUGGUCGACGUUCCUGUCCGCAUGCGACAGAGCCUACCAGCUAACAGGAAGUUCGUCUUCACGCCAACCGACACACGGUACAUCUUGUCCAGCUACAUCGUGGACGAUAGCUUCACCUACAUACCUGUCACAAAUUACACUGACGAGUCCUUGACAGUCGAACAGGGCGUCUGCUUGGGUGAUAUCACAGAGGCAACAGAGGCAGACUGCAGACCGGUCUACCAACUGUAG